AUGAGAGGCACACCGGUGGGCGAGAGUGGCGUUGAAUGGGCGGUCGCUUUGUUGGGCGUGAAGGUGAUUUGUCCGUUCUGGGACGAUGUAUCUGAUGACGAGACGCUCCAGUUGAUGCGAUUGAGCCAUUUGUACGCGCUUGAUGACUGUCUCCAUCGUGAUCUCAGCCGAUUGGGGAAAAUGGCCACGGUCUCGGUGACGGUGCAGUCUCUCCGCGAGAGUGGAGUAAAAUGUGCCCUGGGUGAGAGGGUGCUGGCCAAACGCUUCAACCGCUUGACUCCGGUCAGGGCUGAGCGUCUCCAAUCGCGGAUCAUGGCCGGCCAUGUGCCCUCCAUCGACACAUCCGAGAUCUCCCCUGACUCCCUCGACCGCAUGGUCCACUAUCAAAUGCAUGAGAAGCUACGCUUCACCGAUAAUGUCCUUGACUAUGAAUUCACCAAGGACGCUAAACACCUGGCCGCUAUGACCCAGGACUCCGGACGGUUGGAGGAUGAAAUUUUCGUCGCUCUCCAGAUGAGAACUGCGACCCAUUCAAAACCGGAGGUGACUCGAAUGCCAGUGGCGACUUCAAGACCAGUGGCGACUUCCGGACCGAUUCAGCCGCCAAACCAACACCUGUGGAAACCAGAGCGGAUGACCCCAGCGGACGAAGCCGUCGGCCGUUUUUGGGGCGCAUGGUUACAGAUGGGCCUGACGUCGAAUAAAUCGAAGAGGACCGUUUGGGGAGUGCCCUCCGGCUCGCACUGGGUCCUAGAGUAA